CCCGCCUCCAGAUUGUCGACCUUGUGACAGUUCGCUAGCCAAUUGCUUAGCCUGUCCAAUCUGUUCCAUCGUCGGUCUUGAAGUUCGUUUGUCCCUCUGCUUUUCCUCUCGGUAUUUAUUCUCUUCUUGUUCUCUGUUUUAGCAGGGGCACAACAAAACCAAGCAAACAUACAAACUCAAUUCGCAGACACCAGCCAACCAAAAAACAGAAAAACAAAAAAACAAUACAAAAUGUUCUCCCUCGCCAUCCUCAAUGUCUUCAUCGCCCAGCUGUGGCUGGCCCUCCUCACGCACGCCGCGCCCAUCGCGGAGGAGACGCUCACGGCCACCGGCCACGGCAACGCUUGGCAAUACGGAACCGGCGGCGGCAUCCUGGGUCUCAUUGUGCUUGUCCUGGACGUGAUUGCAUUCAUCGAGAUCCUCGGGUCGAACCGCGAGCCGAGCGGCAAGCUGCUCUGGUGCCUGGUCGUCUUCCUCUUCCCCAUCGUCGGCAUGGUAAUCUACUACCUGUUCUCGAACCGGGCGAGCCACGGCUCGUCUGGUUACGAACCUGUGGCGUAAAGAAGAAGGAAGCUCCUUCGUGUGGACAUGGGCGGGCCGAGCUGCUGGGAGACUUCCGAACGGCGUCAUGGCAGAAUGGGUGGUACAAUGUGGCUGGGUCAGGAGGGGCAGUGGUGAGACGGAGACACAGCAUGGCAUGGUAGUUGUGGUUGAAAUUUGGCUUUGAAGGUUCUGAGCAUCAGAUGUUUGUCAGGGGAUUGUUCACAUCGGAUCCUGCAUGCUUACGCCCCGGUUGUUGAUACUUGUGGUUUUGCGUGCAUAGCUGGUUGUUGGCGAUGGUAAAAGGCCAUCACGAUAUUUUUCCGUGGUUGUUAAGGAGUUACGAUUCGGUGACUUAAAGAUAUCCUCUCAUUGUGCGUCGUUCUGACUUCGUAGUACUUGGCAUAUUUCACCCUUAUGACAAAUCGCCCAAAGGUGUCGUCAGUGUAGGCUGGCCACGAAUGAUGCAACACGGAAACAAGGGAUGGC